AUGUCUGUUGAAUUUUCGCUGGACGGUUUGGCUGAAUCUCUGAUUUGCCAGUUGGAUAGAAACAGAAUCUUUCCCCCACAUCAUAACGAUCCAGAAGAGUUGGUCUUGGCCGCGCACUCUAAAAAUAAAGUGCCCAAAAGAUCUCCUAAUGCUUUCCUCUUGUGCCGAAAGAACGUCCAUAAAGAAGCAAAACGAGUUGGUGUUUGUAAUAUGCGAGUAAUCUCAAAGGUUACGGGCAUACUUUGGCGAAAUUCCUCUGUUGAAGAAAAAGAAGUUUACGAAGAACUGGCGAAACACAUACGGGAGAUUUAUGUCCAACGGGAUAAUGCUAAUAGUUAUUACAUAUCUAAUCGAAAAUUUGUGCCCUAUCCUAUGCACAUGUAUAUACCCUCUACACUUCCCUCGUACGGAUACAAUAAUGCAUAUAUGCAAGACUACAUACACAACAACGUCGACUUAUGGAAUAUGAACAAUUUUACACAUCAAGGAUAA